UAAAUACUAUUUUAUUACUAGCGCGCACUUUCGUCAAAUGCUUUUUCAUUAAGUGCACUCAAAUGAUUGCAGCGGCAAGGGAUGGCCGAUGAUUUAUGACCCCAGUCGACGUAAAACCUAACGUUUUUCAACGUUUUAAGUGGAAAUCGCCGCCAUCCCGUAUCAGAAAUCCGAUCGGCAAAAUGACGAGUCGUAGACAGACUUUAAUUUAAACGUGAAAUUUUAUUCUUUAAGUGCGACACAUUUGACGUUUGCUGGUUUACACGGGCCUCAGAUAACGAUAUCACUAAAUAAUUUAUUUGAAUAGAAAAUUCAAUCAGCAUAAUGGCAAAAGAAACCGUGUUUUGGAGAUAGGCGGAGUAUAGAGGGAGAUACGAGGCAGCUGCUGUUUCACCUGUAAAAAGUCACACAAACAAACCGAGCACAAAAAACUAACUGGAUUGAACAGCGGCCCAGAAGUUAAGGUUAUCAGCGUGUGGCCUUGAGGAUUUGACAGCUCAGUUUGACAAGGACAUCCCCAUUGCACCUGCAGGGCCAACUCAAUUAAAACAUCAUAUUACGAUUUUAACCCUUACCAUUUCCAUCUGCUACCUCACGCAAAUGAAGCUCUGUCAGAUCUUGAGAGGGUAGCCUGAGAAAUAGUCUGAAAUAGUCGCCUCAAGCGUGUUCUUAACACACUACAAUUACCCGAUAACAGAGUUCAAAUCAAGGAGCUUGUAAAUGUACAUUCGAAGUGACAAACCUUUAUUGCGACAUUUCUUGGGUUCAAGGAGAGAUGACUAUCCGAUAAAGAACAGAUUAACUGUGGAAUAGCCAUCGCUUUUAAGAGGGUUCAAGUCAGGAUCUUAACAAAAACAUCAUCAUUAUUAUCAUGGGAACACCUUGUGAGACGGUCUAACGACGUUUGAGACUCAAUAACGCUAUUCUGAUAUAGAAGUCCAUUAGAGAGUUUUCCUGAGAUCAAACAGAACCCUUCACAGAGGAGAAUUUUACCGGAGAAUGAGUAGUUUGACGGGAUAUGGAAACGUUUCUCUCACUGACGCUCCAGUAACACUGAAUGCUACGGAGACAAACUAUGGAAAUAUUUUCCUCAACGGCACUAAUACUUCAGCAGCACUGAGCUCUAUGGAAACAGUGUUAUUUGCGUGUUUUUAUUUUCUCAUCUGUGUUUUUGCAACGUUUGGGAAUCUGCUUGUUCUGGCGGCGAUAGCUAGGAACCGCUGUCUUCAAACUCCCAGUAACUACCUCCUGGCGAACCUUGCAAUCACGGAUAGUUUACAAGGAAUGAUAUCCAUCCCCCUUCGCAUCGCAGAAUUGCUCUUGGCAACAAGCAAUAUCACCCUACUUUGCCAAAUUUCCAUCCCUAUUUCUACCAUCUUCGGCAGCACUUCCAACAUUACCAUUCUAUUCAUCAGUAUUGAGCGUUUCGUGGCUAUACUUUUCCCGUAUUUCUAUUACAGCGCUGUAACACCCAACACUAUCUUUGUGACUAUCGCUGGGGGCUGGACGUGCACUGUGAUUCUUGGUCUUCUCCCUUCUCUAGGCUGGGGCGGAAUUGUACCAGCAACUGAGCAAGCGUUGUGCAGAUUUCCAUCAUUUUUAACUCGACAGUACAUCACGACAUUGUUCAUCAUAGUCCACUUUAUUCCCAUCACUACGGUAAUAUGCCUGUAUGGGUUUAUCUUACGCGCAAGCCUGAGGCAUUCUCGGCGUAUUCACGUGCAAGAACAAUGCCUGCAAAAAGGCCUCUCCACGCCCCAUGAGAGCACCUUCACCGAGAAUUCUGCCAUUUCAACGAUGAACCAAGAAAAGAACGCAGCCAUCAAACGGAGCUACAAGCAGCAGAAAGCGGCCAGAAUGGUAGCGAUACUUGUGGGGAUGUUUAUCGUUCUGGUGGUGCCAAUCAUUUUGAUUGACUUAAUUGAGAUGGUUGGCGGCCCAUCUGCCCCGUCCCCCGUGAUCAAGAUCACUAUUUGCAUGAUCUAUGCUAAUCAUUGCAUCAACGUGUUCAUCUAUGCUGGCUGCAACAGGGACUACAAACGAGCAUUCAAGGUGAUCAUCUCGAGUAUUUUGAACUUCUUAAAAGGGUUACUUUGCAGAAAGCACUGCUUCCAAAAUAUCAAAUAGUCAAAGUCAAAGACC